CUGAGUAAUCAAUAUGGCCUCCAGGUCUACGCGGGGCACGAUAGCGUAGUGUAGAUAUUUCUCCGAAAAUCUUUAGAACAAAUAGUUUCUGUGAUAAUGUAAUUAGUCAAGCUAUUGAAAAGUGUAUGGAGAGAUAUUUUCAUGGUGUUUAUAAUAAUAUCAGUGAUAGUAUUCAGUCAGAAAGAGAUUUAGAAGGCAUUCUAUUGCCGUUCUAUCUAGUUGCACUUUGCGGAAGACAUCGUCAACGUUGCAGUACGAUUCGGCAGUCGUUCAGCGUUUAGCGAUUAAUUUAUUGGCCAUCGAAUUUUAUGAUGAGGUGGCGUUUUAAGUGCAAGGAUUCAUAGUUUCCAGUUAAUAUCUAUUACUAUGUCGGAGAAUAAGAGCAAGGAAGAUGCCACGAUGGAGGGUUGUCAAGAAGGGGGCGAAGAGGAUGAUAUGACUGCCGAGAGGGUCGAAGAUAAGGUCAGUAUUCAACAGAUCCUCGAGGGUAUGACGAAUGAAUUUAACAAAAAUGUGAGUCCCGUAAAAAGUACAGAAAUUAACCGGUCAGAGAAGUCAGAUAACAAGGAGAUCGAAAAACCGGUGAUGCCACUUGACGAAAUGCCACCAGAUGAGAAAGAAAUUGCUGGAGAAAAGGAUGAAGAAGAUGUUCCAAUGAAACAGAAUGCCGCGGAAUCAACGUCGACGGAUGAAAAUCAUAAAGAAGAUGAAAAUACUGGGAAACAGGAAACUCUGAAGAAGGAUAACGGAAUUCCGCGUAUUGUCCUUACAUUCAGGACAAUUGACGAAAAUACCGAUCACGGUAAAAAAACCAAGAUAUCAAGUUGCUCUUCCAAUCUUACUUUAGUUCCUGAUGAAUUAGCAAAUUGUGAUCAAAUUGGUGGUGUUUCUGUCAAAAUUGAAAAUUCAGAUGAAAAUUCUGACACUGUUGAAAAAUCAGAUUCAGAAGAAGGUAGAACGGAAGAACCGGUCAAACAAUCUAAAAACAGAGAACCAGAAGGAAAUAUAGAGGAAUCAAAAUCGCUAAAGGAAGAUACCAGUGUAAUAACAGAAAAUAAAAAUACUAUUCUUAAUGAAAAAACAAAGACUGAUGAACCAGAUACUUCAACAGAACCUGUGGAAAAAGAGGAUCAAGCAAACAGUACAGUCCCAGUUACUAGGAAAAGAAGAACAGGACGACCUAGAUUAAGAGCACUUAGUGAUCAAACUGAAGAACCUCCAGGUCCUAAACGUUCAGCUCGACGAUUAUGUAAAGAAACAUUGAAGAGUACUGUGUUAGAAAGUGCAAUGGCAAGAAAGGAAAAGUCUAAUUAUACAGAAGAAAAUUUACAAUUUAAAAAACAAAGGAAAUAUAACAAACCAGGCAGACCUAAGAAGAUGAUACAAGGAAAAGAUCAAAAUAAACAGUUGCAAGCUAAACCGCCUGACAUACGCCAGGAAAUAGAGUCUUCUAUUUCAGAUGGAAGUAUCACUAUUUCUGAGGUAAACUCAACGUUAGAAUAUUCUAGAAAUUCUUCUACCAUAUCAGAAAAUAUUGUAAAUGAAACAGUGCUGGAUGAGUCACAAAAUUUUUCAUCCGAUUUCGAUGGUAUGCCGAAAUUAUCUCCUAUGAUAAAAAGCUCAGACUCACAAGCAAAGUUAGGGAACUCAAUUGGCAAUUCCACAAAUGAUGACAUAUCUUUAGCAGAUAUUGAAAAGCCAUUUUUAAAGCCAGCUGCUGGUAGGCCCAAACGAGAAAGGGGGAGGCCUAGAGGAAGUCAAGCUGCGAGGAAAAUAGCUAAAGUAGAUUCGUUUGAAGACGGAUCUGUAUCAGUUGCAGAAACAGGCAAACACAACGAUUAUCCUGAAGGUAAUAUUUCAAAAUUUCUUGAUACGCGUAAUUAUCAUAAAAGAAGUGAUUUUGUUAAUUUGUAUAUAACUCUAGAAGGCAUAGUACCUGCUAAAAGAACAAGGAGAAGUAUGGUUCCAAGUCCAAGUCCUGCAGAAGGACAAGCUGCGAAGCCAGAAUCAACAGCGAUUAUAAGUGAAACAUAUGGUCAAUCAAUGUUAUGUUUAUGUCAAGUAAGGUCUCAACUGUAUGUGACAAUCACUGGUUCUGGAGCACCAUUAUAUUGUACUGCGAUAGAUUCGAUUGAUAAUAGAUUGGUAGGUUGUUGUAAUGAAGUUGAUAGCAAUGAUGUAGCGAUGAGAAGGCCGAGUACACGUGUUCCUUUUAUCAUUUUAUGUCGAGUGCACAAAGAAAGACUUUUAAGACAUAAUUGUUGUCCUUCUUGUGGGCUGUUUUGUUCACAAGGAAGGUUUGUACAAUGCAUUAAUGGUCAUCAAUAUCAUCGCGAAUGUGAAAUUUAUCCAAAUAAAAAGGGUGUUUGUCCUCAUUGUGGAAAUGAAACUACAGCAUAUGAUGUAAUGGUGACCAUGAGUGGCUUAAGAAAACCUGUAUUCAUUCCGACCCGAAAGAAGUUCUCAAAACUGCCUUCUGCAAAAAUGAGUUUACCAGGGAAAGGUGAUAACACAAAGUUGGCAGAGCGUCCUCCUAGUCCUCUAAUUCAAGCAGAUAUUAUUAAGAUACCUGAGCCAUCUGUUAAUACCGAGAGGCCAGAACGUUAUACUAUCAUGAGCCUUUACACAUCCGUAAAGAAUGGAGAUUUGGAAAAAUUAGUUAACGUUUUAGCAUGUGGAUACAAUGCAAAUCAUACAUUCCGAGAUUAUGCUCAUCGGACUGGUCUUCACAUAGCCGCGGAUAAAGGUCACUUGUCUUGUGUACAUGUUUUGGUACAAGCUGGCGCUCAAUUAGACGUGAUGGAUAGAAAUCAGUUGACACCUUUGAUGUUAGCCGCUAGUAAGGGUAAAGCUGAUGUGGUAAAAUAUUUAAUAAGGAUAGGUGCUGAUGUUACAUUGAAAGGAGAAGAUGGUAUGACUGCUUUACACAUGGCUGCUAAAUCUGGUCAUUUAGAAGUUUGUAGAAUAAUUUUGACAGAAUGCAAAGCACCAAGAACAUUAGUAGAUUCAGUGGAUGAUGGUGGAUGGACUAGUUUAAUUUGGGCUUGUGAGUUUUGUCAUACCGAUGUCGCGCGAUUCUUGUUGGAUAAGAAGUGCGAUCCUUUAAUUCGAGAUGCAGAACAAAAUAUAGCGUUACAUUGGAGUGCUUUUAGCGGAAGUUCAGAAAUUACAGAAAUGCUACUUAAUGAAGGGUGUGACGUGAACGCUGUCAAUGUUCAUGGGGACACACCUUUACAUAUAGCUGCAAGACAAGAUCAGUAUGCAGUUAGUGUUCUUUUAUUAGCUCGUGGUGCUAAAAUAGGAGAAGUUAAUGCUGCAGGGGAAACUGCAGUAAAUUGCUGUACAAAUGAUGGUGAUACUAUGUCUGCUUUAAGAUUGAAUGCCAAAGUCAAUGAACUUUCUGAACAUAUGUGGGAAAAAACAAUCAAAAUAUUAACCAAUGAUAUUUCACGUGGUAAAGAAACGAAUCCGAUACAAUGUGUCAAUGGAUACGAUUCCGAAGAUAAGCCAACAGAUUUUCUCUACGUGACUGAAAAUUGCUUUACUAGCAAUAUAAAUGUUGAUCGUACGAUAACGUCCUUACAAUCUUGUCGAUGCGAAGAUAAUUGUAGUUCAGAGAAAUGUUUAUGUGGGAAUAUAAGUUUAAGAUGUUGGUAUGACGAGGAAGGAAAAUUGAUUCCUGAAUUUAAUUAUGCAGAUCCUCCAAUGUUGUUUGAGUGCAAUCCAGCGUGUGAUUGUAAUCGCAUAACUUGCAAUAACCGCGUUGUUCAGCAUGGAUUAACGCAAAGGUUUCAAUUAUUUCGAACGAAAGGUAAAGGAUGGGGACUUAGAACGCUACGGCACAUUCCGAAAGGUUCCUAUGUAUGUGAAUAUGUGGGCGAGAUUAUUUCAGAUUCUGAAGCAGAUCAUCGAGAAGACGAUUCUUAUUUAUUCGAUUUAGAUAAUAGAGAUGGAGAAACAUAUUGUAUCGAUGCAAGACGGUAUGGAAAUAUUGCUCGCUUUAUAAAUCAUUCUUGCGCACCCAAUCUCUUGCCAGUGCGAGUAUUUGUUGAGCAUCAGGAUUUGCAUUUUCCUAGGAUAGCAUUUUUUGCGAAUCGCGACAUCGAGGCUGAUGAAGAGCUCGGCUUCGAUUAUGGAGAGAAAUUCUGGAUAAUAAAAUGCAAGUCAUUCACAUGUACCUGUGGAGCCGAAAACUGCCGAUAUUCCGAGAAGACUAUACAAGUUACUUUGGACAACUACCGCAGAAAAAUACAGCAAGAAGAAAUGCUGGCAGCUCAAUCAUCGUAAUCCUAAAGCAAUUUAGCAAAUUCUGUACACUUAUUUUAAUUAUUAGUUUAAUGUUUUUCCUUCUUAUUACUCGGAGUUUUAAACAGAGAAUCUCAAAGUUUUUUAACUUGUUUAAAACAAUCUUCGUACUAUUUAAUCUGAGAAAUUGAGUACAAAUGGUGAUGGGAUCUUCGUCGGAAGAAUAACUAAAAUCACGUUAUCUUGCUAUUCGAGCUAAGAAGGAACUACGUUUUUCUUAUUCCAGUUCGUCAAAAUCGAACAUAUGUCCAUAUUAAUUUACUCAACUUGACCAUAUUUUUCCUAUUUCUGCCGAUUAUCUCGUGAGAAUAUGUCUCGGGAGAUGUGCCACCUUACGAUUCUUUCCUCUUUUAAAUGAAGUAAUAUGCAUAAUAUAUGUUGUUACAUAGAUUUCGUACAUAAUGCACGAAUUAUAACGGAAUGUGUGUUUGUAAUUGCUAUAACUUUGCGAAUGAUGUGCGUGAUUAGGAUAAAGUAAAUCGCUGAUUGAUGUAUGUUAUGGAUGCAGUGCAUUCGAAGUUCGUAACAACUGUCAUGUUAUGAUUAAAGUUACGAGUUCGAUACUUGCUUAUUCAGUUUUAUAGAAUGAUUGUUUAUAAAUGUUCGUUACAUUACGAACAGCUUAGAACAUAAGUACACCUUUUUGUACAAAUUAUUGAUUUUUUGUAUAAUAAAAGAAAUGUAGUUCUUUUGGAGAUA